GCGGCCCCGGCCGGCGUGUUGGAUAAGCUCUUCGGGAAGCGCCUGCUGCAGGCCGGGCGCUACAUCAUGUCCCACAAAGCCUGGAUGAAGACGGUGCCCACGGAGAACUGCGACGUGCUCAUGACCUUCCCGGACUCCACCGACGACCACACGCUGCUCUGGCUGCUCAACCACAUCCGCCUGGGCAUCCCCGAGCUCAUCGUGCAGGUGCGGCACCACAAGCACACGCGCGCCUACGCCUUCUUCGUCACCGCCACCUACGAGAGCCUCCUGCGCGGGGCCGACGAGAUCGGCUUGCGCAAGCCCGUGAAGGCCGAGUUCGGGGGCGGCAUGCGCAGCUUCUCCUGCGAGGAGGACUACAUCUACGAGAACAUCGAGAACGAGCUCUACUUCUUCACCUCUCAGGAACGGCAGAACAUCAUCAGGUACUGGCUGGAGAACCUGCGUGCCAAGCAGGGCGAGGCGCUGCACAACAUCCACUUCUUGGAGGGGCAGCCCAUCAUCCCGGAGCUGGCGGCCCGCGGCGUCAUCCAGCAGGUCUUCCCGCUGCACGAGCAGAGGAUCCUCAAGCGCCUCAUGAAGUCCUGGGUGCAGGCGGUGUGCGAGGCCCAGCCGCUCGACGAGAUCUGUGACUACUUCGGCGUGAAGAUCGCCAUGUACUUCGCCUGGCUGGGCUUCUACACCUCGGCCAUGGUGUAUCCUGCCGUCUUCGGCUCCAUCCUCUACACCUUCACCGAGAGCGACCAGACCAGCCAGGACGUUUGCUGCGUGGUCUUCGCCAUCUUCAACGUGAUCUGGGCCACGCUCUUCCUGGAGGAGUGGAAGCGCCGCGGCGCCGAGUUCGCCUACAAGUGGGGCACGCUGGACACGCCGGCCGAGUCCAUCGAGGAGCCGCGGCCCCAGUUCAGGGGCAUCAAGAGGAUCAGCCCCGUGACGAGCGCGGAGGAGUUUUACUACCCGCCCUGGAAGCGGCUGCUCUUCCAGUGCCUCGUGAGCCUCCCCGUCUGCCUCUCCUGCCUCUCCUUCGUCUUCCUCAUCAUGCUGGGCUGCUUCCAGCUCCAGGAGUUCGUGCUGAGCAUCCAGGAGCUGCCGCGCGUGCUGCGCUUCGUGCCCAAGGUGGUGCUGGCGCUCGUGGUGGCCGGCUGCGACGAGGUCUACAAGAAGAUCGCCUGCUGGCUCAACGACAUGGAAAACUACCGGCUGCAGAGCGCCUACGAGAAACACCUCAUCAUCAAGAUGGUCCUGUUCCAGUUUGUAAAUUCCUACCUGAGUCUUUUCUACAUCGGUUUCUACCUCAAGGACAUGGAGCGGCUGAAGGAGACACUGGCCACGCUGCUCGUCACGCGGCAGCUGGUGCAGAACGUGCGGGAGGCGGCGCAGCCCCACGUGAGCGGGCGGCUGCGGCGCGGGGCGCUGGGCCUGGCCGCCCUGCGGCGCCUCUCGCACGCGGCGCUGCGCCUGCUGCCGCCGCGCGCGCCCGGCGCCGCCGCCGCCGCCACCACCACCUGCCUCAACGGCGGCUGCGGCGUCCCCGAGGACGACGACGAGGACGACGAGGAGGAGGAGGAGGAGGAGGCGCGCGGCGCGGGCGGCGAGGGCGCGCUCGACUGCGGCCUCAGGCUGAAGAAGGUGAGCUUCGCGGAGCGGCGCGGCGCCGCCGGCGCCCACGGCUUCCUGGAGGAGGGCAGCCCCACCAUGGUGGAGCGCGGCGCGGACCCCGCCUGCGUCUUCGAGCUCGCCGACGACGACGACGAGGAGGAGGCCGAAGGCGCCCCCGGCAGCCCCGCCAAGGCGGCCGAGCCGGCGGYCACCCCGCGCAGGAGGAGGGCGGCCGAGGAGGAGGAGGAGGCGGCGGCGGGCGAGGAGGAAGGCAGGAGGCAGAACCGGGCCUCGUGGAUCGACCCGCCGGAGGAGGACUACUCGACGCAGCUGACGCAGGCUGAGGUGGAGAGCUGCAUGAAGAAGUAUGAGGACACCUUCCAGGACUACCAGGAGAUGUUCAUCCAGUUCGGCUACGUGGUGCUCUUCUCGUCCGCCUUCCCGCUGGCCGCCAUGUGCGCCCUGGUCAACAACGUCAUCGAGAUCCGCAGCGACGCCUUCAAGCUGUGCACGGGGCUGCAGCGCCCCUUCGGCCGCCGCGUCGAGAGCAUCGGCCAGUGGCAGAAGGUGAUGGAGGCCAUGGGCAUCCUGGCCAUCAUGGUCAACUGCUACCUGAUGGCGCAGUGCGGGCAGCUGCAGCGCCUCUUCCCCUGGCUCAGCCCCGAGGGGGCCAUCGUGUCCGUGGUGGUGCUGGAGCACUUCGCGCUGCUGCUGAAAUACGUCAUCCAAGUGGCCAUCCCCGACAUCCCCGCCUGGGUGGCCGAGGAGAUGGCCAAGCUGGAGUACCAGCGGCGCGAGGCCUUCAAGAAGCACGAGCGGCAGGCRCAGCACCACUUCCAGCAGCAGCAGCGGCGCAAGCGCGAGGAGGAGGAGCGCCAGCGGCACGCCGAGCACCAGGCCCGCCGGGAGCGCGAGGGCGGCCGCGACGAGGCCCGGCCCGAGGCCGCCGCGCAGGAGCCGGCGCCCGACAAGAGCCAGGCCAAGGGCAAGGGCGGCGYGGCGGGCGCGCACGACAAGCCCAAGAGGCCCAGCUCGCUGCUGGCCACCAACAACGUGCUGAAGCUCAAGCAGAUCAUCCCGCUGCAGGGCAAGUUCCUGUCCGGCGGGGCCGGGGCGGCCGGCACCGCGGCGGCCAGGUCGCCCCAGUCCCCCACGGGCAGCGACAACAAACUGCCCGGCUUCCUCAGCUUCAAGUUCCUCAAGUCGCCCGAGACCAAGCGGGACGCGGCGAGCGAGAAGGUGCAGUCGCCCACCAAGCCCUUCAACCCCAGCAAGCUCUUCAACUUCGGCAAGUCGGACGGGGCCGGCGGCAACGGCGCCGCGGGCACCGCCUCGCCCCGGCCCGGGCCCUCGGCCGAGGCGGGCGACAGGGCGGCCGCCAGCAGGUCCCACCUCAACGGGGCCGCGGACGAGGGCGCCCGCGAGGAGCCGGAGCCGCGGGCCGAGGACGAGAGCGGCGCCCAUAAACUCUGAGCGGGGACGCGGGCGAGCGCGGCGCCGCGGGCGCCUCUCCGAGCGGCCACGGACAUGGAGACCCUUGCGGCUGCCUGUGCUGUUCCAUGGGGACACAGAGCGGGGCUGCGGUGGGAGCUGGCACCCGUGGGCACCCUGCUCCUCGCGCUGUCCCCACGCCUCCCCACUGCUCCGGCAUGGAUGCGCCAGCAAAGCGCCCGUGCUCCGGGCGGCAGCGGCCGCCRUCCCGCUCGG